AUGGAGGAGUUGGUUGGUGUUACUGCUUGUGUUACUGAAAACAUGAGUUGUUGUUUGAGAUGUGUGGUGGCGGCGGUGGCGUCAUUGUCUGUAGAAGGCGGCUUCAAGGUGGUGGUGGACGAAGAAGAGGUGGCGGUUCUUGGUUUGGAAGUCAUGUUGCCAAUGAAGAAACUAAUAUUGGUGCCGCUGUUGUCGUGGCGAAAUUUGAUUAAAAGGUACGCUGUGCCUCCGUGCACGAGAACGGAGGCACGCUGGUGCCGUGCACCAGCACCAUACCUCCGUACACGAGAACGGAGGCACGUCGUGCCUCCAUCCGCAUGCACAGAGGCAUGCUAUUACGUGCACCAGUACCAUGCCUCCGUACACGAGAACGGAGGCACGUCGUGCCUCCGUCGGCGUGCACAGAGGCAUGCUGUUAAGGCAAUGAGAGCGUGCCUUCGUGCACUAGAACGGAGGAACGCCGUGUCUCCGUCCGCAUAUUCUCCAGUCCAUCAGAAAAAGGAAACAGCACACGUCUGUUGGCACUAUAAUUGGGAUAGUGAUUGCUGCUCUAUUUACGGUCUUGCUGAUCUAAAGGGUCUAGGCCAACACACUGGAUUAUUUACCCUAAGGCAAAUUAGAGCAGCCACAAACAAUUUUGAUCCUGCCAAUAAAAUCGGAGAAGGUGGUUUUGGUCCUGUGUACAAGGGCCAUCUUCAGUCAGAUGGAACCAUCAUAGCAGUGAAGCAGCUUUCUUCCAAAUCAAAGGAUGGGAACCGUGAAUUCGUGAAUGAAAUAGGCAUGAUUUCUGCGCUACAGCAUCCUCAUCUUGUAAAGCUAUAUGGGUGCUGUAUUGAAGGCAACCAGUUGUUGCAUGUCUAUGAGCACAUGGAGAAUAACAGCCUUGCUCGUGCUUUAUUCGAUAAAGGAAACAGCAUGUCUGUUGGCACUAUAAUUGGGAUAGUGAUUGCUGUUCUAAUUACGGUCUUGCUGGUUCUGGGUAUUUUUUGGUGGAAGGGCUGUCUCAGACCAAAAGAUACUCUAGAACAAGAUCUAAAGGGUCUAGGCCAACACACUGGAUUAUUUACCCUAAGGCAAAUUAGAGCUGCCACGAACAAUUUUGAUCCUGCCAAUAAAAUCGGAGAAGAAAUUGUCAGUGGGAGGAGCAACACUAGUAUUAGGCCAAAGGAGAACAGCUUCUAUCUUCUCGACUGGGCUAAUUCCUUGAAGGCUGAAGGAAAAUUAAUGGAACUGGUCGAUCCAAGACUAGAAUCGAACUUCAAUGAAGAAGAGGUGAUCACAACUAUCAAUUUGGCGCUCUGUUGUACCAAUGCUGUAGCCGCCGAAAGACCAAGCAUGUCAGCAGUGGUAAGCAUACUAGAAGGAAGAGCACAUGUUGGAGAGUUCGUUUCAGACUCAAGUGUCUCAAUUUACAAGAUGAAGCCAACAGAAAUAACGAGUCAGGACCAUGUUACUAACUCGAGUAUUUCAUUGGAUAUGCCUUGGACUUCUUCCUCAAAAUCAACUUCUGAUCUGUAUCCAAUCACUUUAGAUACUAAUAAUUGGGAAGAUUGA